AUGAAAGUCCUGAUCGGCCUGUACGUCUUGGAAGUGGUCCUACGCGUCAUUGGCUGUCCAGUCCAACCGUUCUACCUCGAUGGCUGGCUGGUCACCGACGUGGUCGUUUCCGCCAUUGCCUUCUCCGACGAGUUCCUCCUGGAACACUUCAACAGCCUCGGGAUCUUCCGGUCCAGCCGGGCGAUUCGCAUGCUCCGGAUUCUCCGAGUGGGACGAAUUUUUUCGGUCUUCGCAUCGAUCAGGGAGUAUCCAUUGGUUGCGCAAGUGGUUGCUGAGACAGUUGCCCGGCUUGGCUGGAUGUUGGCGAUAUGGAGCACGGUGGGUUGGUGUACGGCGGUGAUGCUUACGGUCGUGGUUGGGGCCUCCGGAUACACCGAGCUGCCGACUGUUGAGGAUCCCAUUCUUCAAGCGCUGGUAGAGUCAGGUCCCACGUAUCCCCUGCGCAUUGAAGAGAUCCUUCGUGGAAUGGGCGGUUCCCUUCUGAUCCUCAACAUGAUUCCACUGAGAUUGAUCUACUGGGGCCCAGGAAUCGUUUGGAAACUGCUCCUGGCGGAGAGUCUACGUUGGAAUGUUGCAGGAGGCAUCAUCUUGGCCUAUGCAGCUCUGUGCCUCUGCUGGCUGUGGCCGAUGGUGCUGGGCACCUUCAUCUCGGCGCUCAGAGAGGGCAAUGCGAAGCACCAGCAGAAGAAGAUAGCUGAAGCCCGUGCGGAUUCCGCGAUGAGCGCUGCUGAGCUGAUCGAUCUCUUUGAGGACAUGGUGGGAAACAGCAAAGAGCGAUUUAUCUCGAUCGAUGAUUUUCGGGACCUCCAGGUCAGGCAUCCUCCAUUUCAUAACCUGAUCUCCGGGGGAGAGACAGGCAAGAUAGCCGACUCACUGGCUGAUGUCAUCUUCAGAGAGAUUGAUGUCAUGGGACAUAACUUUUUGACCCUUCCUGACUUCGUUGUGGGUGUGCUGAAGAUCUUCCGGGUGAGCCCUCGUCCGGAGUUCAUGCACACGGACGAGCAGCAGAGACGA